GAUUCACUACAAUGACCGAAGGAUUCCCGGGGAUUAUUUCAGAAAGCAACUACGAAUGAACCGAUGUACCUUUGAUAUUCUGUUGAACGUCUUACGGCCAGCCAUAACUCGUGAAAAUACGAGAUUGCGUGACUGCAUUGCUCCAGAAAAGGUUCUCGCGCUUGGUUUGUUCCGUCUAGCUCAUGGCAACUCGUACGUAAGUAUUGGGCCGGUUUUCAACGUUAGAAGGUCGACUGUUCUAGAAGCAGUGCAAGAUGUUGUGGAGGUUCUUUUCAACCUCAGGAAUGAUUACAUAAAGUUUCCCAUCACACAGGCAGAAACACGGCAUUGCAAAGAGACAUUUCAAGAUGUUUCUUAUCUCCCAAACAUUGUUCGUGCAAUUGAUGGAUCCCAUAUAAGAAUAGCUGCCCCUCCAGACAGUGCGGUGGACUAUUUCAGUCGCUACUAACAACACAACUUCAUUGUUCAAGCUAUUGUCGAUGGCGGGAAACGCUUCCUUGACUUUGCAUCUGGCUUUCCAGGCAGUAUGCAUGAUGCGAGAGUCCUACGAAAUAGUACAAUUUUUGAUCUUGCAGAGCACGAUCAGAUUCUGACGGGUCCUUCAGUGCAAAUUGGGGGUAAUGAUAUCAAACCCUAUCUGGCUGGAGACAGCGCAUACCCACUUGCCUCCUGGCUUAGAAAACCAUUUCCCGAAGCAACGAGAGAUCCAGAAGAAAUAGCUUUCAAUAAAGCUUUGUCUGGUGCAAGGGUAGCAGUAGAGUGCGCUUAUGGGAUGUUAAAAAAUCGCUGGCGUAUACAGGGGAAACGGCUGGAUAGUAAAAUUUCAUUUGCCAACAAAAUCGCUGUUGCUUGUGCAGUCCUUCACAACUUUUGUCUACUGAAUCAAGACGAAUGGGGUGAUGAUGAAAAUGAUGACCCUCGUAGCAAGGACAUGAAAGCAACAACGAUGGAGUUGUGAGGGAUGGGGACGAUGUUCGAAGUGUGUUAAGAGAGUGCGUGACUGAAC